AUUCCCAUGGCUCCGGCUCUGCGUCCAACCUGCUGCCGCUGCGGUCUGGGCGAGCGCAGGAGGCGCGGCGCACGGAGCAUUCGCUCGCGCUGCGCUCCAGUUCCCCUUCUGGGCGGUUCAUGACCGUAUCUUCUGACCGCAGCCUCCUCCAGCAGCCGCCGCAGGACUGCCUGCUCCCUGACGCCUCGAGGGCCCGCGAGGAGAAGAAGGAAGACAGGCAGGCGCGGGUGUGCGCCCCGCGGAGCUCGCGACCACUGCUCGCUGCCCGGCCCGGCUGGCACCAUGCUGCCUGCGCGCUGUGCCCGCCUGCUUACGCCCCACUUGCUGCUCGUGUUGGUGCAGCUGUCCCCGGCUCGCGGUCACCGUACCACGGGCCCCAGGUUCCUAAUAAGUGACCGUGACCCUCAGUGCAACCUUCACUGCUCCCGGACUCAACCCAAACCCAUCUGUGCCUCUGAUGGCAGGUCCUAUGAGUCCAUGUGUGAGUACCAGCGAGCCAAGUGCCGAGACCCAGCUCUGGGUGUGGUCCACCGAGGUAGAUGCAAAGAUGCUGGCCAGAGCAAGUGUCGCCUGGAGCGGGCUCAAGCCCUGGAGCAAGCCAAGAAGCCCCAGGAGGCUGUGUUUGUGCCGGAGUGUGGUGAGGACGGCUCCUUUACCCAGGUGCAGUGCCAUACUUACACAGGGUACUGCUGGUGUGUCACCCCUGAUGGGAAACCAAUCAGUGGCUCUUCUGUGCAGAAUAAAACUCCUGUAUGUUCAGGUUCAGUCACUGACAAGCCUUUGAGCCAGGGUAACUCAGGAAGGAAAGAUGACGGGUCUAAGCCAACACCCACGAUGGAGACUCAGCCGAUGUUCGAUGGAGAUGAAAUCACAGCUCCAACUCUCUGGAUUAAGCACUUGGUGAUCAAGGACUCCAAACUGAACAACACCAACAUAAGAAAUUCAGAGAAAGUCCACUCAUGUGACCAGGAGAGGCAGAGUGCCCUGGAAGAGGCCCAGCAGAAUCCCCGGGAGGGCAUUGUCAUCCCUGAGUGUGCCCCUGGGGGCCUCUAUAAGCCAGUGCAGUGCCACCAGUCCACAGGGUAUUGCUGGUGUGUGCUGGUGGACACGGGGCGCCCGCUGCCUGGGACCUCCACACGCUAUGUGAUGCCCAACUGUGAGAGCGAUGCCAGGGCCAAGAGUGCAGAGGUGGAGGACCCCUUCAAGGACAGGGAGCUGCCAGGCUGCCCAGAAGGGAAGAAAAUGGAGUUCAUCACCAGCUUACUGGAUGCUCUCACCACAGAUAUGGUUCAGGCCAUUAACUCAGCAGCGCCCACUGGAGGUGGGAGGUUCACUGAGCCAGACCCCAGCCACACCCUGGAAGAGCGCGUGGUGCACUGGUACUUCAGCCAGCUGGACAGCAACAGCAGCAAUGACAUUAACAAGCGGGAGAUGAAGCCCUUCAAGCGCUAUGUGAAGAAGAAAGCCAAGCCCAAGAAAUGUGCCCGGCGUUUCACUGACUACUGUGACCUAAACAAGGACAAGGUCAUCUCUCUGCCUGAGCUGAAGGGCUGCCUGGGUGUUAGCAAGGAAGUAGGACGCCUUGUCUAAGGAGCAGAAAACCAAAGGGCAGUUGGAGAGUCCAGGGAGACAGGAUGGACCAUCAGAAAUCUAACCUUCGAAGUUGCUCAUGGCCCAGCCACAUCCCAUGUAACAUAAGUGAUGCCCACCUUGUUUGCACUUUUAAUAACUCUUGUUUGUGUGUUUUGUUUUUAGUUUCAUUUUUAAACACCAUUAUGUAAUGCCACAGUGGGGAAAGGAAAGGGAAGAAAGACUGUGUAUUCUCUCUCUUAUUUUAAGUUUUUGGAUCUGCUACUGACAACUUUAGUUUAUUGGGGUGGGGGGCAUGGUUGGGAUUGAGAAGAAAGAGAUUUAUAUACUGUAUAUAAAUAUAUAUGUAAAUUGUAUAGUUCUUUUGUACAGGC